AUAGACUGGGGAGGGGGGGGGGUACCUUUUCUUCAUAUAUGCUUCUUUGAAAUGCGAGCGCCAGUAGAUUUCUUGAAAUCGUGAUGCCCCUACUUGACUUGGGUUAACAUUUCUCGAUUGUGUUGUGUGUCAAGCCCCUCGCCAUUCUCUGGGUUGAUACGUAGCUACCCCGAAAGGGCUGUGCAUACAUUGCACACAUUAUCGAGUCCAUCUGACCGAGGAGGUCCGAAAAUCAAGAUUCCACAAUGACAGCUUCAAAGGAAGGAGAGGAGGACUUUGUGCAAUUAAGCCCUGAAUCAAGGAACUACAAAGGAAUAGCCAUCUCCCUGCUGGUCAUAGUGGCGGUUUGCUCCCUCAUCACAAUGUCUGUCUUUGUUCUCACACCAGUGGAACUUCCUGGUGCGGCUAACUCCAGACUUACUGUGCUGGACCUGUUCAAGCCAGAGUUCUCGGUGCACGAUCCUGAGGCCAGGUGGAUAAGUGAUUCAGAGGUUUUGUACAGGAACCGAGACGGCCACGUCAUCAAGUUCAACUUUGCUUUAAACGAAACAGAAAUGAUCCUGAGAAAUAGCACGUUUGUGUCUUUCAAAGUUGCCAAAUAUUCUCUCUCUCCAGACAUGAAAUAUGUGCUUUUUGCUUACGAAGUGAAACAGGUGUAUAGACAUUCCUAUACUGCAGCGUACAUUGUUUACAACAUCCACACAAGGGAGGUGUGGGAGUUGAAUCCUCCGGAGGUCCAGAAUGCAGUGCUCCAGCAUGCAGCGUGGGGUGUGAAGGGACAGCAGCUGAUCUACAUCUUUGAAAACAACAUCUAUUACCAAUCAGAUGUGCAGAGCAAUUCUCUGAGGAUUACUUCGUCGGGAGAGGAAGGAGUCAUAUUUAAUGGAAUCGCUGACUGGCUGUAUGAAGAGGAGAUUCUGCAGUCACACAUAGCACACUGGUGGUCACCUGACGGAGAGAGACUGGCCUUCCUCAUGAUCAACGAUACCCUGGUACCUACCAUGUUCCUGCCCCGGUUCACAGGCAGCCCCUACCCCAGGUCACAGGAGUACCCAUACCCCAAGGCUGGCCAGCCCAACCCUACAGUCAGGCUGUUGGUGGUGAACCUGUACGGUCCCACACACACUCAGGAGCUGGUACCACCUGAUGGCCUGAGAGGAAGAGAACACUAUGUGAGUAUGGUGAAGUGGAUCAGCAACACCCAUGCAGCGGUUCGAUGGCUCAACCGGCCCCAGAAUGUGUCCUUCCUCACUGUGUGCGACGCCACCGUCGGAUCCUGUGUACAGAAACAUGAGGAAGCUUCAGAUCUCUGGCUCACCAGACAGAACCAGAAGCCAGUGUUUUCAAAGGACAGGAGCAGGUUUUUCCUGACCAUACCGGUGAAGCAGGGGGGACAAGGAGACUUCCAUCAUAUUGCCAUGUUCACCAAAUCGUUCAGAAGUGAUCAAAAUGAUGUCCGUCACUUGACGUCAGGCAACUGGGAGGUCACCAAGAUAUUAGCUUAUGAUGAGGGGGAGCAAACCAUAUAUUUUAUCAGUACUCAAGACUCUCCACAAAAGAGACACGUGUACAGUGCAUCUACUAUUGGUCUGUUCUCUCAACGAUGUUUGACCUGUGAGGUGAACCAGGAAGCAUGCGCGUUCUUUGAUGCAGACAUCAGCCCGAACAAACAGCAUGUUAUUCUACAGUGUAAAGGUCCAGGUGCUCCAUCUGUGAUGCUGCAGAGUUUUAAUGAUGUAACCGCUUACUUUAUAUUGGACAACAACAUGCCUCUGAGAGCUGCCUUGGAAAUCAAAAAGAUCUCGAAGUCAGAUGUCAGGGUUAUUCCAAGUGAAGACUUUGAGCUGCCUUUGAAACUCACCUAUCCACUUGACUUUUCUGAAUCUCUUCUCUAUGGCCUUCUUUUGAUUGUUGAUGGUUGGCCUGGCAGUCAGUCGGUGAGUGAUGAGUAUGAGCUGGGUUGGGACUCGGUGCUGGUAAGUUGUGAUGAGGUGAUCGUGGCCAGGCUGGACGGCAGGGGGACAGGCUUCCGGGGCCUGAGAGUCCUGCAGCAGGUCCACCAGCGCCUGGGUACCGUGGAUGUUCAGGACCAGAUAGCUGCACUGGAAUACUUGAUGACACUCCCAUACAUUGACCGCGCGCGGAUCGGAAUCUACGGAAAGGGAUACGGUGCUUACCUCACCUUGAUGCUUCUGAGGUCCACUGCCCUGAUUAAGUGUGCAGCUGCUAAUUCCCCAGUGGUUGACUGGAAACUUUACGCUUCAGCAUUUUCAGAGCGAUACUUUGGCCUGACGUCAAAGAACGACAACAGAUAUCAAGUUUCUAGAGUACUUCCAAAUAUGAAAGGGUUGCAAGGAAACAUGAUGAAAGGACCGCAAGGACCGGAUUUUCUGUUGAUUCAUGGAACCGCUGAUGCAAAUGUUCAUUUCCAACAUUCAGCGGAGUUGAUUAAGCACUUGAUCAAAAUUGGAGCGAACUACACAAUGCAGCUCUACCCAGACGAGGGCCACUUCCUGUCCCUGCAGAGCCAGAAGCACCUGUCUAAGUCCCUGGUUGGCUACUUCAGAACAUGUUUUCAGGACUUCAGCACACCGCUACCUGAGGAGAUCGGCAAAGAGGAUGAUGACUGACAGGGUUGGGGUUAGACGAUGACUGACAGGAGGACGUGCAGGCGGGCCGUGUGUGGAUCUGGGAUCGCUAUGUUGAAGCAGUACAAUGACUGCUCUGCCCUCGCGAGUGAUGUUUGCUGUUGAUUAGGUGUCCAAUGUAGGCAAGACAUAUAGUUGAAGUUGGAAGUUGACAUACACUUAUGUUGGAGUCAUUAAAACUCGUUUUUCAACCACUACACACAUUUCUUGUUAAUUAACAAACUAAAGUUUUGGCAAGUCGGUUAAGACAUCUACUUUGUGUAUGACACAAGUAAUUUUUCCAACAAUUGUUUACAGACAGAUUAUUUCACUUAUAAUUCACUGUAUCACAAAUAUAGUGGGUCAGAAGUUUACAUACACUAAAAAAGUUGUCUGUGCCUUUAAUAAACAGCUUGUAAAAUUCCAGAAAAUGAUGUCAUGCUUUGGAAGCUUCUGAUAGGCUAAUUGACAUCAUAUGAGUCAGUUGGAGGUGUACCUGUGAAUGUAUUUCAAGGCCUACCUUCAAACUCAGUGCCUCUUUGCUUGACAUCAUAGGAAAAUCUAAAGAAACCGCAGAAGAAAAAUUGUAGACCUCCACAAGUCUAGUUCAUCCUUGGGAGCAAUUUCCAAACGCCUGAAGGUACCACGUUUAUCUGUACAAACAAUAGUAGGCAAGUAUAUACACCAUGGGACCACGCAGCCGUCAUACCACUCAGGAAGGAGACACGUUCUGUCUCCUAGAGAUGAAUGUACAUUGGUGUGAAAAGUGCAAAUCAAUCCCAGAACAACAGCAAAGGACCUUGUGAAGAUGCUGGAGGUAACAGGUACAAAAGUAUCUCUAUCCACAGUAAAAUGAGUCAUAUAUCGACAUAACCUGAAAGGACGCUCAGCAAGGAAGAAACCACUGAUCCAAAACCACCAUAAAUUAGCCAGACUAUGGUUUGCAACUGCACAUGGGGACAAAGAUCGUACUUUUUGAAGAAAUGUCCUCUGGUCUGAUGAAACAAAAAUAUAACUGUUUGGCCAUAAUGAACAUCGUUAUGUUUGAGGAAAAAGGGGGAUGCUUGCAAGCCGAAGAACACCAUCCCAACCGUGAAGCACGGGGGUAACAUCAUCAUGUUGUGGGGGUGCUUUGCUGCAGGAGGGACUGGUGCACUUCACAAAAUAGAUGGCAUCAUGAGGCAAGAAAAUUAUGUAGAUAUAUUGACGCAACAUCUCAAGACAUCAGUCAAGAAGUUAAUGCUUGGUCGUAAACGGGUCUUCAAUGGACAAUGACCCCAAGCAUACUUCCAAAUGUGUGGCAAAAUGGCUUAAGGACAACAAAGUCAAGGUAUGGCCAUCACAAAGCCCUGACCUCAAUCCUAUAGAAAAUGUAUGGGCAGAAUUGAAAAAGUGUGUGCGAGUAAGGAGGCCUACAAACCUGACUCAGUUACAGCAGCUCUAUCAGGAGGAAUGGGACAAAAUUCACCCAACUUAUUGUGGGAAGCUUGUGGAAGGCUACCGAAAUGUUUAACCCAAUUUAAACAAUUUAAAGGCAAUGCUACCAAAUACUAAUUGAGUGUAUGUAAACUUCUGACCCACUGGGAAUGUGAUGAAAGAAAUAAAAACUGAAAUAAAUCAUUCUCUCUACUAUUAUUCUGACAUUUCACAUUUUUAAAGUGAAGUGAUGAUCCUAACUGACCGAAAACAGGGAUUUUUUACUAGGAUUAAAUGUCAGGAAUUGUGAAAAACUGAGUUUAAAUGUAUUUGGCUGAGGUGCAUGUAAACUUUUGACUUUAAUUGUAGCUGAUGUGGGGUAAUGUGAUGUGUGUGUGUGUUUGGUUUGUGUGUGCGUGCGUGCGUGCUUGCAAAAUACAGGACUACAGAUCAUGGAGGCUUUCUAUUUGUAGAAUAAUGCAGUGGCUGGACAAAAUCUGAGGGUUAAAUGUCAUUUUUGUUUUACAUUUUUUUAAAUUCCACUCAGUGAUACACUGGUUUAUCCCUUCACAGCUUUUACCAUCAGCUGUAUCGUCAUACUGUGAAAAGCAUACUUUUGUUGAAGCCCACGUUUAUCCACAUUAUUCCAAUUGUAAUAAGCAUGAACACAACUCUACCGCUUUCCGUCUGUCUUAUCCCAUUCCUAUAUGUGCUCUAAUAAUGUGUACAUUUUACUUUCAGUUACUGACAUGCACAUAUAUAUAUAUACACAUAUUAGGUGAUGUUACAUAGGACAUAACACCAUGGAUUAUUUGAUAAAGUGCUAUUUUUCAUGUCUUAUGAUAUUUUGUUUUCAGCUGUACAUUUACAGUAUACAGUGUGUAUAUUUUUGAGAUAUGUGUCGCAGGGGUUGACCUACAAGAAUAUUGUACGAGUUUACGGUCUUUGUUUUUACUGGGGUUUGUUACACUUCAGAUGAAUAGCCAUUGUCUUUGGAUUGAUUGAACAAUAAAGAAGUUUAGAAAACAACUGUGUUCUGCCAA